UGCUGAUGCUGCUGAGCUCUUGUAUCCGAGGAGCAGCAGGCACAGAGCAAAAGAGAGGGAGGUGAAAAAGAGGAUACCAGGGAGAGAGAAAGAGACAGAAAGAGAGAGAGGGGGAGAUAGGGACAACACCUCAUCAAGAAAAAAAGGACAGAGUGACGAGUUGUAAACUAUACACAAUUCUGCAUAAACAUGACCUUGGCAGCAUAUCGAGACAAGGUGAAGGAGCUCCCUCUAGUGUCACUUUUGUGCUCCUGCCUCAACUCAAACCCUGCAGAAAAUCCCACAUACAAGGCUGAGGAUGCAGUGGAUCUCAACUGGUGUGUGAUCAAAGAUAUGGAGGUCAUCGAGCUGAACAAGCGGGCCUCGGGUCAAGCAUUUGAGGUCAUCCUGAAACCCCCCUCUUUUGACGGCGUGCCUGAGCUUAACACAUCAAUGCCCCAGCGUAAGGACCCUUCUCUGGAGGAGAUCCAGAAGAAACUGGAAGCCGCUGAGGAGAGGCGGAAGUUUCAGGAGGCUGAGAUGUUAAAGCAUCUUGCAGAGAAGAGGGAGCAUGAGAGAGAGGUCAUCCAGAAAGCCUUUGAGGAGAACAACAACUUCAUUAAGAAUGCUAAGGAAAAGUUGGAGCAGAAGAUGGAGGCCAACAAAGAGAACCGCGAGGCUUUGCUUGCCGCCAUGCUGGAGAGACUACAGGAAAAGGACAAACACGCAGAGGAGGUGAGGAAGAACAAAGAGCUGAAAGAGGAGGCUUGCCGGUAGAAGACUGCUUUGACUAUAGCCAAGGGAGAUCAAACCAGUGAAGAGAAAAUAUAGCAAACGGUAGCCAACACAUCUAAAAAAAGGGGACACAUUGGACAUUGAUAAGGACAAUUUGCAUCACACCAAGCUUUUGUGGGGUUUGACAACAACAAAAUGACUUAAUAUUAUUAAAAACAGAAAGAUAUUGUCUAAAUGACAAUGCAAGGUGCACAAAGAGUAC